GUUUAGAAAUUCCACACACAAUCUCCAUCACAGGUAACAACUUUAACAUCAAUACCUAUUAAGAAUACGAGAAAGAAAAAUACCAAGCAUCUCGCGCAAUGAAGUUUUGGUGUAUUUAACGCCUGCGCACACACGGUCCAUAGUGGAGAGAAUUGUGAAUGGGGGGAGUAUUUUGGGUGUACAGUCAUAAGUCGGACUCCGAGGAGCCAGGAAGUAACUGUGAGCCAUGCAGCUCAUGAGACGGAUAAAGUAGCGCGAGCGAGCGUCUGUUGUCAUCAGUCGGGGAUCACACGCGCGAGAGUGAGGAACAACAACAAGCCAACUGCAAAUUACAGCCAAAUCUAGUGCAGCACAACUCACGGACCCCACAAGAGGCGAAAUCCGAAGGAGGUUUGACAUUUUAAAAAAUACAAAGCUCACUACAACAUACUCCAUCAUUAGAAGAAGAGAAAAAGACGGAAGGAAAUAAGAGCGGGACUUGCGUGUUUCAAGACAACGAUUCACUAUCUUUGCAAGUUUAGACAAAUACAAUUAUCACAAUUGAUCAAAUCGCGUUCGAGAUGCCUCGGGUGGUCCCGGAUCAGAGGAGCAAGUUCGAGAACGAGGAGUUCUUCAGGAAACUCAGUCGCGAGUGCGAGAUUAAAUACACCGGUUUCCGCGACCGGCCGCAUGAAGAGAGGCAGGCGCGCUUCCAGAACGCGUGCCGUGACGGCCGCUCAGAGAUCGCUUUUGUGGCGACCGGCACCAACCUCUCGCUGCAGUUCUUCCCAGCCAACCUUCAUGGGGAUCAGCGGCAGGCGCCCACCCGAGAAUAUGUGGACUUCGAGCGGGAGACGGGAAAGGUUUAUCUGAAGGCUCCUAUGAUCCUGAAUGGAGUGUGUGUGAUCUGGAGAGGCUGGAUUGAUCUUCAGCGUCUGGAUGGGAUGGGUUGUCUGGAAUAUGAUGAUGAAAGGGCACAGCAUGAGGAUGCUCUGGCCCAGGCAGCCUUUGAGGAAGCCCGCAGAAGAACCCGUGAUUUUGAGGACAGGGAUCGCUCGCACCGCGAGGACUUGGAGCAGAUACCGAUGGCACAGCUCAGUCAUUUAAUAACUCAGGAGGACCCUGUGGCAUCAAAAAUCUGGGACUGAUGGCCUUCAAGGACCAGGCCCAGGCGACAGCAGGACCCCAGCACUGGCUCCAACAUGGGCAACACUGAUGAUCACAAGAUGCGCUAGCGGCAUUCACCAAAGUGGGCAGGGAUAGGGUCAUAAGACCUCCAAUUCCACGGCAAUCUCAUCUCUUGAUGCCUUGUUUAUCACAGGACAGACCAAAGUCCACACCUGUGGGGAUUUUUGGAUGGGUUGUUUGGUGAAGGGGCUGGGUGGGUUGGGCUGGGCUGGUAUUGAUGUGUGUCAGAGAUUCAUUCGCAUUUGAUUUAGUCCCUUGUUUCUUUUUGGGAUUUUUGCACUAUGUGAUAUGUUCAGUUUAAGUCCCCCAUAUCGCCUUUCGGUAUGCAUGGUUUUCCUACCUAUGUUUGCUCUUGUUCCCCUCUAUGCAAGGCAUCUUAUUAUUUCCUAUUGUAAUGAAAUGGCAUUUUUUAAUUAUUUUAUUCGUAUCGUGUGUGAAAGUCAGGAUGUUUACUUUUUGUAUUUUCAUUUCCUCCCUAUAUAAACAUGUCUGUCCUUGUGCUUUGUAAGAGAAUCUAGUAAAUGUCGCUAGGUAGAUUUGUGCAGUAGAGUAGAACUUAGUAAAAAUUAGAAAGAGGCUGCUGAUGUUGUGAACGAGGAGGUCUUUUCUUUUAUCAUCCUUCUCCAUGUGCUCUUGUCUUCCACUCUCUUCCUGUAACAGUCAGUUGAAGCAUGCUUUGAACGUGAACUGAGCAGCAGGAAGUGAAUAUUGAGGUCAGUGUUACUCUGUGCGUGCUCUACACAAUAUGAGGCAGAGAUUUGUUUUUUCACCCUACAUC